AUGUCGCUUCUCAUCGCAAUUUUGCUGGUUUUGAGCGGAGCUCGAGCAGCCGACGGCUCGAGCUCACUGCUGUUCGCCCAGGUGCUGUUUCGGCAUGGCGCACGUGCACCAUCGGCCGCCUUCACCAACGCCACCUAUGCGCAACACUUCCCGCGCGGUCUCGGCGAGUUGACCGAUAGAGGCUUCGAGAAUUCGCAUCGAUUGGGUCGAUUGUUGGCGAAACGCUACGUUUCAACGGGAUUUCUCGACGCGAAAAUGGUCUCGAAGCAGAUGUACUGGCGAUCGGUGAAUUUGGCGCGAUGUUUGAGCAGCGCCGCCACCGUCGGCGCCGCCAUGUUUCGAGAUUACGGUCGCCAUUUACACGUGCCGGUCAACACCCAAGAGACCGGCGAGCAUUUGUUGAACUACGAUUUUUCGCGAUGCCACCGCGAGGUCGAAAUCAUUCGCGAACAAUGUCCGCAUUAUGGGACGCCCGACGAUUUCGACAGCUGGCCCCACUAUGAGGAAUUCGUCUAUAACUGCUUGAAUAUUAGCAGUCCGUUGCUCAAGAACCGCAAUUUUCGGCAAAUCGAAGCGCAUUUGAACGAGUACAAAAAUGGUUUGAAGCUGCCCGACGAGUGGGCCGACAAUGUCGACGAGCUCAUCGAUAUUCAUACAGCGGUAACCCAUUGGAUCACCGGAACCGGCCGCUAUCACGAUCCUCGAAAAAUGCGCAUCAAAUUCGGCAACAUGAUGAACACGCUCAUCGAGAAUAUGGAGAAGGCGUGGAAAAGCCACGCGGAGAAACGGGCGUUCCGCAAAUUCAACGCCUACUCGACGCAAGACUGGAUGCUUCUUGGCAUUCUCGACUCAUUCGGCGUUCUCGACGAGACGCUCGGAAUGCGACGCACGCCCGAUUACAAUUCGAUGAUCAUUCUCGAGUUGUGGGACGACGGCGUCGUGCGGAUGCUCUACAAACGCGACGAGCGCGACGAGACGCUCAUCGACGUGUCGCGGCGAAUACGCGAGUGCGGCGGCGACGUGUGCCGAAUCGAGAGGCUGUCGGAAUGCUGCCGAUUGUAUCGCGAGCGAACGCCCGGCGCCUCGUGUGUGCCGCUUCGCCCGCGCGAUUUCCUCAACGCCAACAGGCGACGACGAUUCGUGGGUCCCGAAUAA